CAUCCGCCGCUGCCGGAGCCUUCCCGCCAACUUCGGGUUGAGGGACGAGAUGGUGCAGGGCUGCUUCGACGACAAGACCACGCUGAGCGAAGAAAUCGAGGCGGGGCACAUCUACAUCGUGGACUGCGGGAUUCUGGACGGUCUGGAGCCGAACAGCACCAAAGGAAACUUCUACUUCGCCGCGCCGCUAGCGCUGUUCCAUGUUAACAGACUAGGGGACUUCCUUCCAAUAGCUAUCCAGUUGAACCAGCGUCCUGGUAACGACAACCCUGUCUUCACGAGUGAGGACUCAGACAUCGACUGGCUGAUGGCUAAGAUCUUCCUGCGCAACGCGGACGCGCAGCUGCAGCUGGUGGUCAGCCACCUGCUGGACACGCACCUGGUCAUGGAGCCGUUCGCAGUCGCCACCUACCGCCAGCUGCCGGGAGUGCACCCGCUCUACAAGCUGCUGGUGCCACACUUCCGGGGCAUGCUGGGUAUUAACGUGUUUGUGCGGGAGGCGCUUCUGAAGGAGGGCGGCGUGCUGGAUGACGUCAUGUCGCUCGGACCGCAGGGGAGACACGAACUGCUCAGAAAAUGUUACAAGGCGUUUAACCUGAGGGCGCUGGACCUUCCCGCGUCCCUGAAGGACCGGGGACUGGACGACUUCAGACUGUUGCCUGGUUACCGUUACCGGGACGACGGCAUGAUGAUCUGGGGGUGUAUCGAGAAGUUCGUCACAGACAUGCUGAGCCUUCACUACGACCGGGACGCCACCCUGCAGGACGACCUGGAACUGCAGCGGUGGAUCAGUGACGUGUACGAGCACGGCUUCAACUGGGAGGACAACCAGGACCGCGGCAUCCCGCACAGGAUCAAGUCUCUACAGCAGCUGGUUGACAUCGUGACGAUCAUCAUCUGGACGUGCUCCGUGCAGCACGCGGCUGUGAACGGCGGCGCCCGGGACACGUACGGCUUCGUGCCGAACGCCCCGCUCUGCCUGCGCCGCCCGCCGCCGCCGUGGAAGGGCAUCGUCGGUAUGACGGACAUCGUCAGGACACUACCGGACAUGGACACGGCCCUGCUGCAGACUGGAAUAGCGGAUAUGAUGUGUGAGGAGCCCAGGGAUGAGGUGUACCUGAGUCACUACCCUGAGCGGCACUUUGUGGAGGAGAACGCGCGGGCUGUCAUCGACGAGUUCCAGUACAACAUCACGGCCAUUAACGACGCUAUUGCCAAACGGAAUACUCUGGGAGACGUGCCCAACACCUACCUUCUGCCGCAGAACAUUCCCAACAGCAUAUCGCGGUAGAACGCUGUUGUAUAUCCGGAAUCUUGUUCUAUGCUAUCCUCUACCAAGCUUUGGGAGGCGUCUGGAAAGAGUAGAAAUCGGCCAAAUAGAGAGAUAGCAUGCCAGUGGAGUUGGUCUGCUGGAAAGAACAGUUUGACGCCUUCCGAAGCCUGGUAGAGGCUAGUGUCUAUGCCUGAACUAUGGUUAGGAUCAGGCAUGGUUCUGGAUAGUCUCUGUGUAUCCAAGUACGCAGAUUUGCCCAAUUUUAAUACGGUUCUGGAUACGCGCAGACUACUAGCAUCCAGAGCUGUGCCUUAGCAUGGUUCUGGAUAAAACACAGCGCCGCGCGAUAUAACAAACGUAUCCAAGAACGUAGAUUUGGCCACGGUUCUGGAUGCAACAAACACUGCCAGGGAGAAUCACUGCAGUUUUAAAGUCGAACGACAGAGGGCAACUCUCCCGCAUUUCUGCCACUGUUAUUUUGAAAACGUCGACUGGACUUAGAAUAUCACACGAGCUACAAGAUACACGAUCUUGUGGACUUUCAGAUCGUUUACUUUCAAUGUGCCUUCAUCAUGAGUUCGGGAAAAUUAGGAGAAUCUGGACAAGCCUACAUCAACUUGCAAAAACACGGACGGACUUUUUAGCACAAUUAAUAUAGUCCAGCCUUCAACAAACCUGCCUAGAGAAAGAGC